AUGCGCCCCGUCAGCCUGCUGACGCCUUUGCUCGUACAACUCUAUGCGGCGGAGAAGGAGAUCCUGCUCGACAAGACCCUAGCUGUUCUACCUCAUACAGCUGUGGAACUUGGCCGGUGGCGCGCGAAGCUGGAGAGUUCCGGUGUCGUGCAGGACCCUGAAUGUGAGAAGGAUGUGGUGUGCGGGGGUUUGCGCCCGGAAUGCAAGAAUGCGCAGUGCCAGGAUCUACGAGAAUUCAACGCGUCCGUGGGCGAGUGUAUUUGCGAAAGCCCCAAAGACUGCGGACGUGAGGCUCUGCCUACACCGGCGACCACAUCUAUCACGGGCUGUGCCCAGAUUUGUGAAAAGAACCCUGAGUGCCAAGCUUUUGAAGGGUAUUACCAUCGCCCAGGCAAUUUCGACUGCAAACUCUUCAGGACUCGCCAGAAUCAGGAAAGCGGUGCCCCGGCAACUUUGACAGGCAACGGUAGACGAAAGGCAUCCGAAUACGACGUGUUCUGCUACAACAAGCCAGAUAGAGAAAGUCUCUGUGGCCGCCACGUUGGAUGCCUUGCUACGCCAGGUCACUUCUGCUGUCCCGACCGUCGUGGCGAGCUGCUUCUUUGCUGCUCGACACCAUCUGUGGGAUUGUUCGGCAGUUUCUGCACUGCCAUUCUGGCAUUGAUGUUGGCCUGCUCUGUGUUCUUCAACUGCAGAACCUGGGGCAAGCCAGCCAUCGCCACUCCGGCUAACGAUGUUCCAGGCAGCACCGAUGUCAGCUUCCCAACUCCUGUACGAGGCCACCAGAUCUCGUUGCUCGAAUACAACGAUCUCCAGUCCUCCCUGGGCGCAGCAGGCCGCUACCUCAUCGCUUUUGUGAAUCCAGGCUCUGGAGAUCAGAGCGGCAAGCGCUUCGAGAGACUCUUCGAAGCGCUCUUGGCCCAGAACGGGAAGAUCUGCAAACUUCCGAAUGAUCUCGAGUCUGGACUAAAGCUGGCGGCAGAUCUGCUCCGGGAGAGCCGAGAUGUUGCUCUCUUGGCCUGUGGUGGGGAUGGCACUGUGACCUGGGUCCUCUCUGAGUUGAAUGACAGACGAGAAGCCUUGUUCAAGAACAUCCGGCUACCGCCCGUUGGAAUAGUCCCUCUCGGUACAGGGAAUGAUCUGGCCCGGUCUCUUGGUUGGGGCCCUGCACUCACAGACAACUUUCAGCUGCUGUCCUAUGUUCAGCGUGCUAUGAAGGCCGAGACCGUUCUGCUUGAUCAGUGGCGGCUCACCUUGAGACCUUCCCAUCUUCUGCCGCCAUCUCUUCGUCAACGUGGGACUGUGGAGUUCAUUGGAUACUUUACCAAUUACUUCUCGGUUGGGAUGGACGCCCACACUGCCUACGAAGUUGGGAGAGUGCGGUCGUCGGGUUUCGGUAAGUGUUGCUUUCGGAUGCGCUGCGUCCCACCAUGCCGGUUUCUUCAUGGCGGUCUGCUAUGUUAUGCACUGAAUGGUCCGAACUGUGCGAGAUGUUUGUGCUGUCGUACCCGUGCUCUGAACGACGACCUUGAAGUCAGAUUUGAUGAUGAUCCGGGAACGGUCACAUUUCCGAGCUCCAUCCGCCAAUUCACGCUCACAAACUUGAAUUCCUAUGGUGCAGGCAUGCUAUUGUACGGCAGCGAGGCCGUGCGAAGACAGGUAAGCCCGAAUGAUGGGAGGCUGGAGGUUUUCACCAGACAAGGUCCCUACGGAGUCAUUGGCAUGACCCUGGCCAAGAAGGUCCUGAAGGCCCCAUGUGGCAAUGUGGAUAUCGCCUUUCAGCCACGCCGUGUGGAAAUGCGCCUGAAGAAAGGACAGCACUUCCAGAUGGAUGGGGAACCCUGGGUUCUGAAUGCUGCUUGCACGGCCGUAAUUGAAAGGCAUACCAAAGUGCGUAUGCUUUGCCCGAAUGAGGAUGGUCCUGGAGCAGGUGUUUGGUCAGGUUCCCAGAAAAGGCACUUCUGGCACUCUCGCCGUCAAGGUUCUGCUGCUUCUUCAGCAGGCGAACAGGAACUCUGUGCGUCCCUGGCAUCUCGACCGAGCUCCCAGACGUGA